CAGAUCAUCGCCUUCCCCUAUAGAGCAAGGAAGUGACUGGCAAAAAAACAGGGCUAGCCUGCGUACGUCGUACUGACGAAGAGGGAGGGAGCAGAGCAGCACUCGAUAAUGGCGCCUUCUUCACCAUCCUUGUCUUCGUCUUCGGAAUCCUUUCCGUUACCCUCGUCGAACUUCGCCUCGCUUCCUGUUGCGGCGAUGAAGAGGAGAAUCGUCGAGAAAAUCCUCGAGAAUCGCGUCACCCUCAUCGUCGGCGAACCCGGUUGCGGGAAGAGUUCGCAAGUUCCACAGUACCUUCUGGAAGCAAACAUGUCACCCAUUCUCUGUACUCAGCCUCGCCGUUUUGCGGUUGUUGCUGUUGCUAAGAUGGUUGCUAAAUCUCGCAACUCUGAUUUAGGCGAUGAAAUUGGUUACCACAUUGGUCACUCCAAGAACCUCUCUCCAGGCUCGAAAAUUGUGUUCAAAACUGCUGGAGUUUUGUUGGAUGAAAUGCUAGACAAGGGCUUGAGCGCACUUAAGUACAAGGUUAUCAUUCUUGAUGAAGUGCAUGAAAGAUCCGUGGAGUCCGACCUUGUUCUUGUCUGUGUUAAGCAGUUUCUCAUGAAGAAUAGUGACCUCAGGGUUGUCUUAAUGUCUGCAACUGCUGAUAUAACAAGAUACAGAGACUACUUUAAAGAACUCGGCAGGGGUGAACGGGUUGAAGUAGUCGCUAUUCCUAGCCCUGAUCAGAGAACCAUUUUCCAGAGAAGAGUAUUCUAUCUUGAGCAGGUUGCAGGAUUGCUUGGUGUGAGUUCUGAUCUUUCAGCUUACUGUCCUGGUCCAAGUCCUUCUUCAGCUGAUACUGAAAUCAAACCUGAUCUGCAGAAUCUUAUUCAUGAUCUCAUCUUACAUAUUCAUGAAAAGGAACCAGACAUUGAGAAGAGUAUUUUGGUUUUCCUUCCAACAUACUACUCACUUGAGCAGCAGUGGUAUCAAUUGGAACCAUUUCGGGCAUCUUUUGAGGUUCACAUACUGCACCGAAGCAUUGACACCGAACGAGCUCUGGCGGCUAUGAAGAUAUGCAGAUUCCGUCGCAAGGUAAUAUUGGCUACAAAUAUUGCGGAAUCUUCAGUGACAAUACCCAAAGUGGCCUAUGUCAUAGACUCGUGCCGGUCUCUGCAAGUGUUCUGGGAUGCAUCCAGGAAAAGAGAUGCAGUUCAGCUUGUUUGGGUCUCUAGAUCUCAGGCCGAGCAGCGUAGAGGGAGGACAGGUCGAACAUGUGAUGGUGAGGUUUAUCGCCUGGUGCCGAGUGCAUUCUUCAACAAGCUUGAAGAGCAUGAGACCCCAGCUAUACUUCAGCUGUCAUUGAGACAACAAGUUCUCCACAUUUGCUGCACAGAAUCCAGAGCCAUUAAUGAUGCAAACGCAUUGCUCGGAAAAGCUAUGGAUCCACCGAACCCAGAAGUCAUUGAUGAUGCUUUGAGUAUGCUAUUAAGCAUACAAGCAUUGCGAAAAUCUCAUAGGGGACGCUACGAGCCAACAUUUUAUGGAAGGUUGGUUGCCAGCUUUCCAUUGUCCUUUGAUGCGUCCAUUCUCGUCGUCAAGUUCGGCGAAAUGGGAAUGCUAAGAGAAGGGAUUCUAUUAGGUGUCUUGAUGGAUACCCAACCGCUUCCUAUCAAUCAUCCAUUUGGAGAUGAUGCACAGUUUUUGGAGUAUGUUGACCACUAUUUUUGUGGAGAGAGCAGCAAGACCAUUUCUGGUGGCCGGAGGGAGAUGGUACUCAUGGCGAACCUAUGUGCGUUUCAGUUUUGGCAGCGUCUCUUUAAGGAUAAGCAUCGUCUUGAAAGCUUAAAACAACUAUUGUCGAAGGAGAAAGACAAAGAUGUCAAGUUGAUACUUCCUGCGAUUGAACAAGAGUGGUGUGAUUUCCACAAUAUUUCCCGGUCAUCGUUCUAUCAUGUGUCUGAGAUGUAUGAAGAUACACUAAGCUCACUUCAUCGUUUCAGACCUCAAUUCAUUAGCUCUUCUGAUUCUCUACCAACCUAUUACGAUCCAUAUGAAUUUGAUCACACAUGCUGUGUUGAGUGCCAAGCCUCUGGGGAUAGAUAUCAACACUCUGAGGAUCAACCUCCCCUUGAAACAAGAAAAUGUAUAUCGCUGCCGUUUGUUCCUCCUAACGCAUUCCAAGCUAAUGUCAUCGCAAAAAACAUGGCCAAUAUUAUCAAAGAGAUAAGAACGCAGGGCACAACAUCUGAUAAUGGCCAUGGAGCAAUCGAACCUGAGGCUUACGCUGACAAUGGAGAGGCCCCAGUCUGCGUAUAUUUUCUUAAUGGAUUUUGCAAUCGAGGUGACCAAUGCCCGUUCUCUCAUACUCUUCAGUCAACAAGACCAGCCUGCAGAUUCUUCACGUCAUCGCAGGGAUGUCGGAACGGAGAAUCUUGUAUGUUUUCACAUGCCAUGCGAAGACAGACAACACCAUACUAUUCUACUCCCCCAUGCCUUCCAGAAGAAGAUGACUCGUCCACAUCGCCACUCCUGGAUUUAUUUCCAACUUCUUCUGAGGGAUGCAUUCUUGUACUCGAUGACUCUGACAUGCAUUUCACUUCAAGUAUAGCCAACCGUUAUCCGUCCUGGAAAAUACUCUCCACGUCAUCUUCUUCAGAGACGCUUUUCUGUCAUUCUUCACUUGGGGACACAAGAAUCUUCUGGGGUCUCAGUCAUCCUUACGAAACCAUCAUCUCAAAAGCAGGAGAGGAGAACCCAAUCCCAUGGAAUGAAGUGACAUGCGUGCUGUGGUUCCUUAACCCAGACAACUAUGGCGAAACUCCUGAGAAACAGAAAGCAGUUGUGCAGAAUUUCUUCGAGUACAUGGCAAUCAGAAUACUCGGCGAUGGUCUUUACGAUAUCCGAGUAGUUCUGACUAUGAACAACAUCAUGUUCUCAAACUUACAGGUUGAGAAGCUAGCCAGAGACAGCUUCUUCUUCCUUGGAGAGUCUUUCCCGCACAAUUCAGUGAUGUUCGGUGAAUUCUCUGACACAGUCACUAUCCAGAAGCCUAUGCUAGUGUCUAGACCAGUCUCCUACGUCUUUGAUCUCCAUCCACCUACUGACACCCAGUUUGGUGAGUACACCUGUGGCCUUCACAACUCUCUUCACAACCAAUGACCUUAUGGUGUUAGAAAAGGAGUCUACUUUUGUGAUACUUUUGUCUCUGUCGUCUAUUUCUAGAUGGCUUUUACUUUUGUGAAUCUCGGAAAUAUUGUCUGAAACUUGUUAAGACUAUCAACUCCCACUGGAGUAGAUAAUGGUCGCUCUGUGUCCUGAAAUGAUUGCUUUGGUCCCUAUUUUGCUUUGUCUUGUUUCAUGCAUGAGCUUUUAUUAAA